UGGCGGCGCAGGUCGGGAGGAGGAGCACCGAGUGCAGGGCUCGCCUCCCGGGGCCGCCCGAGUCUCUCAAGUGCGGGCGCUGGGGCCGCCAUCUUAGAUGGCGGGAUUAAGACGGGAACGAGAGUGAGACGGGAAGGCUUUCCUGCCGCUCUUGAGCCCCGGAGAGGGCUAGGUGGCCGGGCUUUGGGGUGUGUGCCCUGAGGCCGCGGAGCGCGAGUGGGACAAUGCGAGAGCUGCCCGGGGCCCCGUCCCCUGGGCUGGGGACGCGCCGAAUGUGAUCGCCUCCCGCUCCCUCACCCGCCGCGGGGAGGAGGAGCGGACCAGACGCCGCCGCCGGACGACUGGACGCGGAGGCGGCCGGGCUCCCUCAGAUGUGUAUCCUUUCUCGUUAAUUGAUUACGGGAUACUUUGGCUUACAGCUUCCUGUGAUACAGAGGUUGAAGUGUUGUGUAAGCUGCAUCAAUGGAGCACAUACAGGGGGCCUGGAAGACGAUCAGCAAUGGUUUUGGAUUCAAAGACACGGUGUUUGAUGGCACCAGCUGCAUCUCCCCUACAAUAGUUCAGCAAUUUGGCUAUCAGCGUCGGGCAUCAGAUGAUGGCAAACUUACGGACCCUUCUAAGACAAGCAACACUAUCCGUGUGUUUUUGCCAAACAAACAAAGAACAGUGGUCAACGUGCGGAAUGGAAUGAGCUUGCAUGACUGCCUUAUGAAAGCUCUCAAGGUGAGGGGUCUGCAACCAGAGUGCUGUGCAGUGUUCAGACUUCUCCACGAACACAAGGGUAAAAAAGCACGGUUAGAUUGGAAUACUGAUGCUGCCUCAUUGAUCGGAGAGGAACUUCAAGUGGAUUUCCUGGAUCAUGUUCCCCUCACAACACACAACUUUGCUCGGAAAACCUUCCUGAAGCUUGCCUUCUGUGACAUCUGUCAGAAGUUCUUGCUAAAUGGAUUUAGAUGUCAGACUUGUGGCUACAAGUUUCACGAGCAUUGUAGCACCAAAGUACCCACUAUGUGUGUGGACUGGAGUAAUAUCAGACAGCUCUUAUUGUUCCCAAAUUCCACUGUUGGUGAUGGUGGGGUCCCAGCGCUGCCUUCUUUGACGAUGCGUCGGAUGCGAGAGUCUGUUUCCCGGAUACCUCCUGGUUCCCAGCACAGAUACUCCACACCCCACGCUUUCACAUUCAACACCUCCAGCCCCUCCUCUGAAGGUUCGCUCUCCCAGAGGCAGAGGUCGACGUCCACACCUAACGUCCACAUGGUCAGCACCACUCUGCCUGUGGACAACAGGAUGAUUGAGAAUAACAGCCUGAAUGCUUCUCCCAGGGCGUGGUCCAGACGAUUUUGUGUGAGGGGAAGAGAUGCAAUUCGAAGUCACAGUGAAUCAGGCUCCCCUUCAGCCUUGUCCAGCAGCCCCAACAAUCUGAGCCCGACAGGCUGGUCACAGCCCAAAACCCCUGCGCCGGCACAGAGAGAGCGGGCGCCGAGCUCCAGCACCCAGGAGAAGAACAAAAUUAGGCCUCGUGGACAGAGAGAUUCGAGUUAUUACUGGGAGAUAGAAGCCAGUGAAGUGAUGCUGUCCACUCGGAUUGGGUCAGGCUCCUUUGGGACUGUUUAUAAGGGCAAGUGGCAUGGAGACGUUGCAGUAAAGAUUCUGAAGGUCGUGGACCCCACCCCAGAGCAGUUCCAGGCCUUCAGGAACGAGGUGGCUGUCCUCCGCAAAACCCGGCACGUGAACAUCCUGCUCUUUAUGGGCUACAUGACGAAGGAGAACCUGGCCAUCGUGACGCAGUGGUGUGAGGGCAGCAGCCUCUACAAGCACCUGCACGUCCAGGAGACCAAGUUCCAGAUGUUCCAGCUGAUCGACAUCGCCCGGCAGACGGCUCAGGGAAUGGACUAUUUGCAUGCAAAGAACAUCAUCCACAGAGACAUGAAAUCCAACAAUAUAUUUCUCCACGAAGGCCUGACGGUGAAAAUCGGCGAUUUUGGAUUGGCCACGGUGAAGUCGCGCUGGAGUGGUUCUCAGCAGGUCGAGCAGCCCACCGGCUCCAUCCUGUGGAUGGCCCCAGAGGUGAUCCGGAUGCAGGACAACAACCCGUUCAGCUUCCAGUCCGACGUCUACUCCUACGGCAUCGUCCUGUAUGAGCUCAUGACGGGGGAGCUCCCCUACUCCCACAUCAACAACCGUGACCAGAUCAUCUUCAUGGUGGGCCGCGGCUACGCCUCCCCAGACCUCAGCAAGCUCUACAAGAACUGCCCCAAAGCCAUGAAGAGGCUGGUAGCCGACUGUGUGAAGAAAGUGAAGGAAGAGAGGCCUCUCUUUCCCCAGAUCCUGUCUUCCAUCGAGCUGCUCCAGCACUCUCUGCCCAAGAUCAACCGGAGUGCCUCGGAGCCCUCCUUGCACCGGGCAGCCCACACCGAGGACAUCAACGCCUGCACGCUGACCACGUCCCCUCGGCUGCCCGUCUUCUAGUGGCCCCGCGCCUGGGCUGCUGGCGGGGAGGGUGGUCAGCAGGCACCACCAUCUGUUCCCUUUCUGUGGGGACGGAGCUGCUCUUCCGAGAAGCUGCUGCUAAGGACCUUCUACACCACUCAACAGGGCCUUAACUUCACGUUGCCUUUUCUGCCCUUUCUGUCCGGGGAGGAGGAAGCCAUUCGCCAGCUGGUUUGCCCUGCUCCCCCAGCGGCCCCCGAGCUCAUGAGCCAACCUCCUCCAGACGCACCCGUGGCUGCUGAUGGUCACACACUGGGCCCAGCUGUCAGCUGCAGGAGUGUCUUUGGGGCAACAAACGUGCUCAGAGGGGAAAUGAAGGUGGCAGACAAACCAGCCGUGACGUGGGACGUGUGGAUUCUCUAAGUCAGCUUCUAGGAGGGACGCUAUCACAGAAGGACUUCUCUGCAGAUACCUGGUGUGGCGGCAAACAGGUAGUUUUGCACAUAAUGCACCGAACGGCCCAGGGCUGUUGGGACCGUGGCGGCCUGGACGAGCCCGCUUUGGUACUAGGGACUUGACGGGGACACGUCCUUUUCCUGACGGGCUCCAGCGCUGGGCUUGGUGACCGGAGGCGCUGGGCCUCCCCGCCCCGGGGAGCAGUCCUCAGCCUGCCGAGUUGUCUUCCAGGAGCGGCCCCCGUGGGGCGGGGCCUGGCCAGCCUUGUCUCUGCAUCACAUCGUGUGCAAGGAAGCCAGGAACACAGGUUUUCUUGAUAAUUUGGGUUUAAUUUUGUUUUUAUGCGCCUGACAAAACACAGUUAUUCAAUUAUGUUAUUUUAAUAAAAUAAAUUAAAUGUAGGUUUAAUGGC